AUGGCGAAUCGCGGACGGACGCUGGAUCCCGAAGUUUUCUCGAUCAGAGAUCUGAAAGAGAAGGCUUCCAAAAAACUCCCCAAGACGUAUCGAGAGUACUUUAACGAAGGCGCUAUGGACAUGAUAACUCUUCGGGACAACGAAGCGGCCUUCGACAGAUAUCGGAUACGGCCUCGCAUUCUGCGCAACGUUUCCACCGUCGACACAAGUACCACUAUAUGGGGAAGCAAGGUGCUAUUUCCGUUCGGGUUUUCUCCAGCGGCCAUGCACCGACUUGCUCAUCCGGAGGGCGAAGUGGGUACUUCAAGAGCUUGCGCAGCUCUGAAUGUGGCAAUGGGACUCAGCGCCUACUCGAAUGACUCGCUAGAAGACGUCAUCAAGCAAGGAGAAGGAAAGACAAACCCUUAUGCCAUGCAGGUCAGUCUCUUGAGGAGUCGAGAGCUGACUGUACAGCUGUUGGAGAGGGCCGAGAAGGCGGGCUACAGAGCUAUCCUUUUGACGGUCGAUGCACCAAUGCUAGGACGACGAUUGAAUGAAUUCCGCAACUCCUUCUCUAUGCCCAAGGGCACCACAUAUCCCAACAUUGCUCCAGGUCUGGACAUGAGCAACUUGGAGGGAGGAGAUAAUGAACUGGCGUAUGAGAACGGGGUGGACUGGGACGAAGCCAUCUCAUUCGUCAAGGGCCACACAAACCUCGAGCUGUGGAUCAAAGGACGCAAGCUGACCCUGUUCAUUCUAGUCUACACCGCGGAAGAUGUCGUCACUGCCAUCCAGUACGGCUUGGACGGCGUCGUCAUCUCCAACCACGGCGGGCGACAACUGGACAGCGUCCCCGCGACACUGGACGCUCUCCGAGAAUGCGCCCCCGUGGCGAAAGGCAAGAUCAAGAUUGCCAUUGACGGCGGCAUUCGAAGAGGCACAGACAUCUUCAAAGCCCUGGCUUUGGGCGCCGAUUUCUGCUUUGCCGGGAGGAUCCCGAUCUGGGGGUUGGCCUACAAUGGCCACAAAGGGGUAGAGCUGGCCAUCCAGCUUCUGCAUGAUGAAUUCAAACUCACAAUGGGUUUAGCUGGGUGCAAGACCAUCUCCGAGAUCAAUCGCGGACAUCUCUCAAUCUUGGAGACGAAUGGUGUCCUGUCAAAGCUGUGA